UCAGCCUUCCUUCUCUAGUUUGGUAUAACUCUGCAAUGAAGCGUGUCUCCGUUCCCAUUCUCUUUCUUACAAUCCUCUUAUUGCUGUCUGUGGCAUUUGCACGCCAAUUAGGCGAAAAAGAAUAUGACAAGCAUGCUGACGUGAAAGAUGCCGACUACCAUGUAGAUCAAUGGGGUGGAGGGCCAGGUUGGGGCGGCCGCCCAGGCUGGGGUGGUGGUCCUGGCUGGGGCCGACCAGGCUGGGGUGGCGGUCCAGGCUGGGGCCGACCAGGCUGGGGUGGCGGCCCUGGCUGGGGCGGUUGCCGAUACCGCUGCUAUUAUGGUCGGUGUUGUUCCGCCGCAGAAUUUGCAGAAUUUGUGCAAUCCCAUGGGGUUCCACAAAACUGAUCAAGCGUUCGAUCCCUAUCCCUCUCAAAAAUAAAUAAUGAUGGCCUUAUGAAUCAUCAGAAUUUGUGGAACGUACUUCUACAAUGGAAAGUUACAUUAAGAGGAUAGCGGAGAGCAUUUUCUUGUGGUUUUCUUUCAUGUAUGUAAUGGAGUAACCAAAAACUUGUAUGAUCAUGUGCAUGGUUGGUGCUGUGCUAACUGUGCAAUGAAAUGCUGUGCAAUAUCAUUACUCCAUGAAGUUUGUUACU